GCCGAAAGUCCCCUGCCCGCUUCCUCCUGCGAAGACGUAGCUGCGGGUGGCUGUGGUGGCGGCGUCCAAGAUGUCGACUAAGAAUUUCCGAGUCAGUGACGGUGACUGGAUUUGCCCUGACAAAAAAUGUGGAAAUGUAAACUUUGCUAGAAGAACCAGCUGUAAUAGAUGUGGUCGGGAGAAAACAACUGAGGCUAAGAUGAUGAAAGCUGGGGGUACUGAAAUAGGAAAGACACUUGCAGAAAAGAGCCGGGGCCUUUUUAGUGCUAAUGACUGGCAGUGCAAAACGUGCAGUAACGUGAAUUGGGCCAGAAGAUCAGAGUGUAACAUGUGUAAUACUCCAAAGUAUGCUAAGUUAGAAGAAAGAACAGGUUAUGGUGGUGGUUUUAAUGAAAGAGAAAAUGUUGAAUAUAUAGAAAGAGAAGAAUCUGAUGGUGAAUAUGAUGAGUUUGGACGUAAAAAGAAAAAAUACAGGGGGAAGGCAGUUGGUCCUGCAUCUAUUUUAAAGGAAGUUGAAGAUAAAGAAUCUGAGGGAGAAGAAGAGGAUGAGGAUGAAGAUCUUUCUAAAUAUAAAUUAGAUGAGGAUGAGGAUGAAGAUGAUGCUGAUCUCUCAAAGUAUAAUCUUGAUGCCAGUGAAGAAGAAGAUAGUAAUAAAAAGAAAUCUAACAGACGAAGUCGCUCAAAGUCUCGAUCUUCACAUUCACGAUCUUCAUCACGCUCAUCCUCCCCCUCAAGUUCAAGGUCUAGGUCCAGGUCCCGUUCAAGAAGCUCUUCCAGUUCGCAGUCAAGAUCUCGUUCCAGUUCCAGAGAACGUUCGAGAUCUCGUGGGUCGAAAUCAAGAUCCAGCUCCAGGUCCCACAGGGGCUCUUCUUCCCCACGAAAAAGAUCUUAUUCAAGUUCAUCAUCUUCUCCUGAGAGGAACAGAAAGAGAAGUCGUUCUAGAUCUUCUUCACCUGGUGAUCGCAAAAAAAGACGAACAAGAUCACGGUCACCCGAAAGGCACCACAGGUCAUCUUCUGGAUCAUCCCAUUCUGGUUCCCGUUCAAGUUCAAAAAAGAAAUAAUGUAUUAAAAUUUACAUCUAAAAAAAAAAAAACAGUACAGUGCAUGAAGCAUAUUUUUUAAGGAGUUGGUGUCUUACUUGGUCAGAAGUGCUAAAACUGCUAGUAGAGGUGCAUGCCUUUCAUUGCUUUUCACAACAAUACAGCUGUGUUUAUUUGUGAAAUUAAAAGUAAAUAGUAUUUUAAGCCAUAAUGUCCUAAAAUAGAUACUCUAUUUAUCAUUCAUUAUUUACAACUAUUUCAUUUAAAACCAUUUCAGCUGUGACAGAGUACUUUGUUUCCUAAUUUGAACUCUAAUUUUUCCAUUUCGGAAUAUGAACUGUCUAUUGACUGAAGACAGGAUAACCUAGGCUUGCCUGAACUUUGGGCAUGGAGGCAAGACUGUGGUAAAGUAGUUGGAAACAAUCUGUUUAUGUUAAUUGGGAAAAGGAGUCAACCUGUUCCUAUGAAUCUAUGUCAAAGGGAUUCCUAUCACAAAAAGUAAAACUAGUUGAAAACAGCCAACCGGAAACUUUCUCAUUUUGAAAUUCCCUAUGCUGAGGGUGCCUUAGAAUCUUUGUCUCUCUUUUAUCCAGUUUUACUUUUUUGUACCACCACAUUUAAUGAAGAAAAAAAAUCUUGUGAAUUGCAGAAGGAAAGGGGUGUUAUUCAUUUUCCCUUUCCUGACAAUAAUUUUGAGCAAAAAUGUCAAACAGGUUCCUCUCUUUACUGAUAUUGAUGAGAAAAACAUCCGUUUCAAAAUGUUUUUAUCUUAAUAUUUUAAGAAGCUUCAUGUGAUAUCUUUUAAAAACCCGGUUAUCACAUAUGGUAGUAUCGAUAAAGUUAAGUCGUAGUUAAUGAGGAACAAAUUGAAGUAUAUUUCUUUGGGUGAAAGAUCAGCAGAGAGAUUGUGAAUUUAAAUGAACAUUUAUUUGCCUUGAGAUGUUCAAACACUGCAUAAAAUUUUCUUCUGAGUAACAAAUGAAUGCUUAUUUCUGCAUGACAUGCAGAAAUACUUAUUGUUCCUAUUCACUUGAAAUUACUUAUGGCUUAAAAUACAGAGUUCGUUUUAUUUCUCAAAAUCUGGUCACUUGAGCUACAUUUUGUCCUCUGGUUUAAAAACAAAAAGGUUUCUUCUCUUAACAGUAUCUUCAGUGACAAUGCAAGGUAAGUAUGUUAAGGGAAAUCGACAAAUUGUGCUUGGGGACUUUUUGUCAUGGGGAUCAGUACCCACAUUUUGUUUUUGUUUUCCUUAAUUUUAAAUUAUUGUCUACUGCAAUUAAAAAUUUUAAAGUUUUAAGGUUAUCUAGUAGACAGACCAAACAAAAUUAUUUGUUUUUUACUUUAAAAUGAGUGAUUUUUCUCUUCAGCUGAUCUAAAGAUGAAAGCAAAAUAUCUUAUGUAGAAGUAUUUUGAUAAUAUUUUUACAAUGAACUUCCCCUUGUUUUUUUAUGUCUUAAUUUUCUUUGCUGCGUUUACUGUAGGUUGCACAAGAACUUUUACUCUCUUGUAUUGUGCCUCAGACUUCUUGAAAGUCCACCUUCUAAAUUUGCCCAGAUGAUCUUCUAGAGUCUACAUGUUACCAUUGGUUUAUUCUUGUGCUUUCUGUAUUUGAAACUUUGGCUGUACUAAGCAAAUGCAAGGUUAUAAAUUUAGCUGAUAGUUUACAGACAAUUCAGAUGAUUAUGAUUUCAUUUGGUUAAACUAAGCUGUACUAGUUCAUUUCAUGAAGAAAUGAUGCUGUAGACAAAUGUAAAUAAAGCUGUGAAUCAAGCAUCAAGUGGCAUUUGUGAGAAAUAAAUUAGAAUUUUUAAGCUCUGAGUUAAUCUUUAUUUUUAAGCAGAUCAGUCUUGUUACAUUUGAUUAUGCAUUGUAAAUUCUUUAUAUUCACUUAUCUUUCUGUAACAUCACGUUAUAUUUAGGAGUUCUUGGUUUAAAACAUUCCAAAGCUAUGAUCAGUUAUAGCCAUGGAUACUCGAAAUUCUUGUGACUUUUUUUAAUUGAGAAUACCCAAAUUGAAUGUUUCCUAUCAACAACAUCCCACACUUCAUUUCAUGUGGUAAAAUAACACUCCAUAGUGUGCUUCUUGAAUUCUUUGUAAGACUGUGACUUUAUAACACUCAGUAACUUUUAAUUAGUAAGUUUUCUUAAGUUCUCAUUUAGAAUCCUUUCAUUUAAAUAAUAUGUGCAUGGUAUCUGGUAAUGUUUACCUUCAGGGCAAGCUCUAAAAUGUAAGAAAAACCAUCUCUUGGUGCAAUUAUAAAGGUAAAAAAGUCUUUGUUUCACAUCUCAUCUUUUGUAUUCUGGCAUCCACAGCCAUUGUUGUAGAUAGAUAUUGAUAAGAAGGCAGGGAAUUUCUCCACUCAGCCCUGUUUUUUGAUACAGUCCUGAGAUGUUUUCACAUUACCUUUUAGCAUUCCUGAACUCGAAAUUUUAUUAUUUCUGGAAAAUAGAGUGGAUGGUUUCAGUUAAGACAGUUUAGGGUAUGUAAUAAAUGUACAGGCAUUAUAUGAUUCUUCCUGCCACUUUUAGACAUGGUUGUGUAUCUUGUAUUUUACAAAAAGGAAGGUUACAACUUAAGGACAUUUAAAACUUGCCCAUGGGAACCGCAGAAGUUGCUAAAUAGGAAUUUACUUUCAAGUCUGAUGGCAAAUUUCAGUAUUCUCUCUCAUAACCAAAGCCAAAAUGGUUAGAUGUUUUUUAAUCUAGUGAUGUGGUAAGAUGGUAUUAAUUUCAGUCAUUAUUUGUAGGUAGGCAGAUCAGAUAGACACCAAUUUUAUAACUAGAUUUACAGAAAAGCUGCAGAAAUUGUACAAUUCCAAUAUACCCCCACCCAGUUUUCACCAUCAUUAACACAUUACCACACACUUUUGACAAAACUAAGAAACCAAUAUUGAAUUAUUACUAUUAAUUACAAUCCAGAUUUCAUGUGAAUUUCACCAUUUCCCAUUACUCUGUUUAGGAUUCAGUCCAGGGUACCACAAUGCACUUAGUUGUCCUAUCUCUGCAGUCACCUGUGGUUUGACAGCUUUUCAUUCUAACUUGACAGUCUUGAGGAGUAUUGGCUGGAUGUCCUGGUGAAUAUUCCCCUAUUCUAAAUUAGUCUGGUUUUUUUCUUGUGAUUAGAAUGGGGGAGUUGGAAAGAAUAUCAGGGAAAGUUACUUUCUCAUCAAAUAUCUGGUACAUAAUAUCCAGAUUUGCCCAAAUUCAUCAUUGUAGUUAGUAUUUUUCCCUUACCUACUCCAUCCUUUGGAAGCAAGUUACCAGGUACAGCCCACCUUCAGAGUAGGGAUCAGGGAACUGAACUCCACAUCCUGUUGGGGAGGGCUGUCCUCUCACUUGGAAUUUGUUUGUAAAAAAAAAACACCUCAUUUAUAUUUGUAUGGAUUCAUGCAUAUUUCUUUUAUACUUUAGGUCAUAGGCUAAUGCUAUGUUAUUUUAUUGCUCAAAUUGUUCCAAGCUUUGGCCUUGGGAAGUUCUUUGAGACUGGGUUUUUGUUGGUAUGCUUCCAUUCUCCAAUAGAACAGAAAGUAAAUGAUGGAGGAGGGAGGGAAGAAGUGUUGGAAAGGUAUCAUCAAAUAGGUGAGGGGAUGGGAUCUAGAUCCAUCAUGGUGGGGUGAGGGUGGGAGGACUUGACCUUAAAAAAGAGUUUUGACAAUUAUAGUAUCAGGAGGGAUGGAUCCAGGUAGCAUUAAGGCAAAUUUGUAGUCAUUGAGAGUGACUAGUAAACAGUAUGGUUUCUUUUCAUAACAUUUGCACACAUUUGUAAAAAACAUUUAUAAUAAGUAAUAGUUCUUAAAUGUAUGUAUUUAGCAAAAUAAAAGGUACUAGUGUAAGAAAAAUAUUUACAAUAACUAGGUAAAUUCCUAAGUAAUUGAAUGAUUAAAAUAUAUCUAGGAAGCUUAUGAGGAAAGUUACAUAGUAUUCAAGGAUGUAAAAAUACCUGGGUUUGAAGCUAAAAGGAUAUAGGACAGCCGUUUUCCCAUUACCUUAAUUUAGUGGGGGAGUACUUAUAAAAUAUUUUAUGGUAGAAAUAAAGUGAUAAAAAUGGGAAGACUCAGUCUUGCCUGGAUGAAAGCAAAAUGCUUUACAGGAAUUGACUUCAGUAGUCCUGAAGGAAGGAGAUGGUUUGUAGAUGAAUGUGAGCUAAAUGGUGAAGGCUCAAGUUUUGAUCAUGUUUUUAGAGGACCAAAAGUAACCAUGGCUGUGAGAAACCUUGGAGAGAAGGAACCUCUUGAUCUGUCAGGAUUAAACUGGACCACAUUGAACAUUGACUGAAAACAGUGAGUUACAGUGAUAUACUGAGAGCAAGGAUUUUGUAUUUACCCCCAAAGAUGAAACAGUCAUAGCCUAUUAUCAACCUCAUCACAAAGGCUGGGUAUCUCCCACCUGGAUGUAAUAGGAAGUAAAGUUGAAUGGGUGUGAUCCAGGGGUAGAAUUGACAAUGAGAUUUGAUGUUUAUCUUCUGGAGUGAAACUUCCUGAUUUGAAUUUUUACUUUAUGGUAGCUGUAUCACCCUGGGAAUGUUCAUUGUGCCUGGUACAUGAGUACACAGCGAAUACUGGCAUUUGUGAGUCUGGUAAGCCAAUUAGGUAGCAAAUAAGUAGCAAACUGUUUCCUCUGCAUUUGAAAGAUUUGAUGUCUUAUAUGAGCAAAAGUGGAAAGAAAAGGAAAUGUCGGGAUUUAUAAGGAAUUUACAUGUAAAAAAUCUUGUUCAAGGAUUACAAAGACUGAUAUUUAACACAUUGAAAAUUUUAGGCACACCAUUGGACUUUUGUCAUUAGUGCCAUUUUGAUUGCAUCUGCUGGGACUUUUUGAAUCAAUAUGAUCUCUUCAUUUUAAGAUCCCUAAUUUUUUUUCAUCAUUGGAUGAGUUAGCACAGACCUUUUAGAGGGUAAUUUGUCAGUAUCAAUAUUUAGAAUAUAGCCAAAGAAUUGUGUUAUUCAGUUAUUUACAUAUGUUGAUUGAGUCUGCUGCAUGCCUGACAGUGAACUAACUAGUUAAUGACUAGAUGGUAAAACAGCAAGGUAUUCUAGUGAAUCUAUCAAAACUAAGAAAACAGAAUAAUUACAAAUUUUGAUGAGUACCAUAAAGUAAAUGAGUGGUGGGUAGAAGACCUAAAGGUCAGAGAGAAUUGGGAGAAUCAUUCCUGAAAGAUCUAUACCAGAGUUGCUAAGUCUGUGCUAAGAUGAUAACCUUAAGGCUGGUGUAAGGCAUAAUGAGUAAAAAAAUGAAGUGGUAGAGGUAGACACUCUUAUCAUGCAAAGCCGCUAGGCCAUAGAAAAUAAUUUAAAUAGAUUCUACAAACGGUUGGGAAAUACUGAAAGGUUUGAAAUAGUCCUAGUUAGCUUUAAGCAAAUUUGGCUACUUCUUGGAGAACGGAUUAGAAAGACCUACUUUAUGGGAAAAGAAUAGAAGGCUUGCUUAAGCAGAUUACAGCAUUUGUGUAAUCAGUGUAGUCCUAAAUUUGGAGUUAUGUGAGUAAUGUAUUGGGCUUAGAACAUGGAAGUAAGAUUACAACAUUAACACAAAAGGAAGACGGUAAGUGAUUUAUUUAUUUUUUUAUAUUAGACUGUGCAUGCACAUGAGUAGGGGAGGGGCAGAAAGAGAGGGAGGGAAUCCUAAGCAGGCCCUGUGCUAUCAGUGGGGAGCUUAAUCUGCAUUUUGAUCUCUUGAGUUAAAAUCAAAAGCGGGAUGCUUAACUGAACCAUCCAGGUGCCCCCAAGAAGGUAAGUGAUUCAUUCCUCAAGAAAUAGUAAAAGUACUAAUUUAAGGUAAACUUUCACAGUCAAGAAAGCAUUUCAAUUUCCACAAUAACCCCAAAAGGUACAAGAA